AUGAACAGUUCAACAGCAAUACAUUUAAUUGAAAGUUUCACCAAAUAUAUACCAACACUAUGCACAUCGAUGCAUAAAGGACAAGCUGGUAGAAUAGCCAUCAUGGGAGGCAGCAAGGAGUAUACAGGAGCACCAUACUUUUCUGGUAUCAGUUCACUUCGAAUUGGAUCUGAUAUAUGUCACAUCUUUGCUCCAACAGAGGGUGGUACUGCCACUGCCAUCAAAACAUUAUGUCCAGAGUUGAUUGUUCAUCCACUCGAAUCAUACGACCCAUCAGAUAUUAUCCCAUGGUUGCUCAGUAUACAUGUAUUGAUCAUUGGUCCUGGAUUGGGUAGAUCUGCUAGUGCUUGGAGUUGUGCCACUCAAGUCAUCAAAGCUGCCAGAGAUAUCGAUUUACCAAUGGUUUUAGAUGGUGACGCACUUAGAUUAAUUUGCAAUGAUCUUGAUAUAAUUAAAAAUAAUCAAAAGGUUAUUCUCACACCCAAUGUCAUGGAAUUUAAGGGUUUGUCAGAUACUGUCAAAUCAAAAUUGAAUAUUGAAUCAUCAUCUACUCUAUCUGCAGAGAAACUAUCAGAAUAUUUAGGAAAUGUAACAAUUAUUCAAAAAGGAAAAGAAGAUAUAAUUACCAAUGGAAAACAAACAGUUGUAUGCUCGAGUGAUGGAAUGCCAAGAAGAUGUGGUGGACAAGGUGACCUUUUAGCAGGUGCUAUUGGUACAAUGUACGCUUGGGCUUGUUUAUAUGAAAAAAAUAACUCUCAUUCCUCCUCUUCCUCGUCGUCUAUUAACAAUACUAUCACCACCACCACCAACAACAAUGUAAAUAAUAAUUAUUCAAGUACUUUAUUGGCAUCAUUUGCCGGUUGUACAUUUGUUCGUCGUUGUGCAUACAAUGCCUUUGAAAAGAAUCGUAGAUCCACCAUCACAUUGGACAUGAUUGCAGAGAUUCCAAAGACAUUUGAAGAGAUUUUCGAAAAGCCAGACAGUGACAAGAUCGAUGACGCCGUUUCAAACAUUUCCUCUCUAAAGAUUGCUGAUCAACGUAGUGAUCAAUAA